GUUUUGAGUCCCGAUAGAAAUCUGGUGGUGGAUCGGUUUGGCAAGGAAAAAAAAAAGACUGAAUUACCAGUAACGAUUUGAUUCCUUCUCUUUUGCAUAACGUCCUUAACUCAACGGAUUUAUAGCUCCAUUUGACAACAUGAAGGAUAUCUACCAAGCCGACGAACUCAUCAUCCCCGAAGGUGUCAAGGUUGCCAUCAAGGCUCGCGAUGUCACUGUGACCGGACCCCGUGGUACCUUGAAGAAGAACUUGCGUCAUUUGAACAUUGAAAUCAAGUUUGCUGGUAAGGACAAGCUCAAGUUUGUUGUUCACCAUGGCGGUCGUAAGCAUGUUGCCUGUAUCCGUACUGUUCGUUCUCUCGUCAACAACAUGAUCACCGGUGUCACCAAAGGAUUCCAAUACAAGAUGCGUUACGUCUAUGCGCAUUUUCCCAUCAACUGUAUCAUCAACAACGAUGGCAAGGACGUUGAAAUCCGUAACUUCUUGGGUCAAAAGGUCGUGUUCCGUGUCCAAAUGCGUGAAGGUGUCACUGUUGCUACCUCUGCCAACCAAAAGGAUGAAUUGACUUUGACUGGUAACGAUUUGGAAGCCGUCUCUCAAUCUGCUGCUGAUAUUCAACAAUCCUGUUUGGUCAAGAAGAAGGAUAUCCGUAAGUUCUUGGAUGGUAUCUACGUCUCUGAACGCAAUGUGCUUGAAGCUGAUGCUUAAACAUUGGAACAAAUUCUUUUUAGAAUACUAUUAUUUUUGUUUAGUUUCCAAACUGUGCAAAUUUCAAAAUAAAUCUUUUUAUUUUUUAUUUUUUUUUUUUUUG